AUGAAACCACAGUACGUUCAUUAUCAACGGUCUAAGACAGCCCGCGACAAUCUGGCCCGCAGCGAUGAUGCCUAUGAGAUGGGGACAGACUCAGAGGCUGGCUCCACUUCCAGUCUGUCAACCUGUAGAUUUACUGCCCAGAAUGCUACAUCCACCAGUAUGGGUGUGGUAGUUGGUCAACUAUUAGCCCUAACAACUACAUAG